AUGUCUCGUUACUCCAAAGCGGCUCUACGUGCUUUGGCGGUCAGAGCCAGCACAUCUUCUCUUACCGAUGUCUGCACUGUUGAGAAUGUUCAGAACGCUUUGCCUUCCAACGGUACUCUUCUCGGAAUCGACCUUCUUCCUUCGACCGUCACCGCCUUCCCAGUUUACAAUGCCACCACUGGCGGAGGCAUGAUGAACUCCGGCAAUAGCUCCGGCACAACAUACACCUACUGCAACGUCACGGUCCAAUACACCCAUACUGGCAAGGGUGAUGUCGUCGUUGUCAAGUAUGCCCUUCCGAGCCCCGAUGACUUCAAGAGUCGAUUCUACGUAGCCGGAGGAGGCGGCUUCUCACUAUCCAGCGAUGCCACCGGCGGUCUAUCUUAUGGCGCUGCAGGAGGUGCCACCGAUGCCGGCUAUGAUGCAUUCAUCAACAGCUAUGAUGAGGUUGUUCUUUACGGCAACGGCUCCAUUAACUGGGACGCCACCCAUAUGUUCGGGUACCAGGCUCUGGGUGAGAUGACCCAGGUCGGCAAAGCCAUCACCAAAGGCUUCUACAGCUUGGCCGCCGACGACAAGGUCUACACCUACUAUGAGGGAUGUUCUGACGGUGGCCGCGAGGGUAUGAGCCAGGUUCAGCGCUGGGGCGAGGAAUAUGACGGAGUCAUUGCAGGCGCUCCCGCUUUCCGGUUUGCCCAGCAACAAGUUCUUCACGUCUAUUCGUCUGCCGUUGAGCACACUCAAAACUACUAUCCUCCUCCUUGCGAGUUAGCCAAAAUCGUCAACUCCACCAUUGCCGCCUGCGACGGUCUCGACGGACGCGUCGAUGGUGUUAUAUCUCGCACUGAUCUUUGCAAGCUCCAGUUCGACCUGAAGUCAAUUAUUGGGGAGUCUUACUACUGUGCCGAGAAGAACAGCACUUCCCUUGGGUUCGGUUUCAACAAGAGACAAGCCCAGGGCAGCACCACCAGCUACCAGCCCGCCCAAAAUGGCACUGUAUCUGAGCAGGGAGUCGCUGUUGCUCAAGCUAUCUACGACGGUGUCUUCAAUGCCGAGGGUCAGCGUGCCUACCUGUCUUGGCAGAUCGGUUCCGAGCUCGGUGACGCUUCCACGACCUACAACUCCGAGACUGAUGCUUGGGAGCUCAGCAUUCCAUCUACAGGCGGCGAAUACGUCACAAAGUUCGUCCAGCUCCUCGAUCUCGACAAUUUGUCCGACCUCAAUAACGUCACUUACGACACUCUCGUUGACUGGAUGAACACUGGCAUGAUCCGUUACAUGGAUAGCCUCCAAACCACCCUUCCUGACCUAACACCCUUCCAAACCUCGGGUGGCAAGCUUCUACACUACCAUGGCGAGUCUGACUCCAGCAUCCCUGCCGGGUCCUCUGUUCACUACUGGCAAUCCGUUCGCUCCGUCAUGUAUCCUAAUUCUUCCGAUGAGGAGGCUCUCAGAUCCCUCGAGGACUGGUACCAGCUCUACCUGGUCCCUGGUGCCGGUCACUGCGGUACUAAUAGCCUCCAGCCUGGCCCCUACCCCCAAAACAAUAUGGACACCAUGAUUGAUUGGGUUGAAAAUGGGAACAAGCCUAGCCGCCUUAACGCCACCGUCUCUUCUUCUACCAACGUCAAUGCUGGCGAGACCCAGAUGCUCUGCCAGUGGCCCACUCGUCCGCUGUGGCGCGGCAACAGCUCGGAAUUCAACUGCGUCAACGAUGAGAAGUCUAUUGACAGCUGGACCUACACUUUUCCCGCUUUCAAGGUCCCUGUUUACUAA